AUGAGUAUAUUCAACGAGGAUGAAACCAUAGUUGUUAGGCAUCUAUAUAAGAUGUGGAUAGCACAAGGCAUGAUUUCAUAUGAGAAUAUUGGACACAAGGAGGAAACUUUAAUGGACAUAGCUGAGUUGUACUUAAGCGAGUUGGCCUCCAGGUCCAUUGUUCAAGUAGAAAUUCAGCAUACUUAUGAUGUUGCAAAUAGAACUAGAAAAUAUAGCACAUGCAAACUUCAUGAUGUAGUACGAGAACUAUGUUUGAAAUUGGGUAAAAUGGAGGAUUUUGGUGUGCAGAGUUUGGAUUAUCAAGGUAGGAAACUUAGUACCUUACUACGGGAAGCUUCCUUGCUCAUGAAAAUACAACAUUUGGCUAUCCAUUUUAGAAGUAAAGUCGAGCACGAGCUUACAGUCGCUUGUGGGGAAGAAACUGGCAAACAUAUAAGGUCUCUUAGAAUAUCCAAUCUCAUAAAAUCGAAUGUUGUUGAGUUUUUCCCGCAAAGUAUAGUUGAUUGGCGGAAAUUCAAAUUGUUGAGAGACCUUGUAAUCGUAAGAUUCAAAUUUGUAGGAGGAAAGUUACCAAGAGGAAUCACUAAUCUUGUUCAUCUUAGAUGUUUGCGUCUAGAAGAAUGUGGACUUGAUAGGCUACCGUCAUCCAUGAGGAACUUAGUAUACCUGGAUACGCUUGAUUUAACAAAUUCAAUGAAUGUUGAAGUUCCAAAUGUUUUUAAGGAGAUGUUGCGAUUAAAACACUUGUCUUUUCCUAUCUAUGGAAGGAAAAAGGUUGUACAUUAUCGAGUACGAUUGGAUGAGGGAGUAGAUGAUUUGGAGACUCUACUACACUUUGAUAGUAGAUGUCAUGAAUUUAAAUGUAUUGACAGAAUGAAGAAUCUCCGACGUUUUGCAGCAACAAUACACGAUAAUGAAAGCUUGUCAGCUAUCAUGAAUGCCAUUUUGAACUGGAAUAAGAUUGUGGUUUGUACUGUUCAUAUCGAAGACAGCUGCGACUUAACAAAUGAUCAAAUGCUGCAGAAGGCUUUGACAUGUCCCAAUCUUCAUGAUUUGUGGAUUAGUUCUAAGUUGGGAAAGGCACUAGCAGAGUGUGGGAGUUACUUGAUGAGCUCGAAACUCAGGUUCUGUUUGGAUCCAUGA